CCUCUGUUCCGGUUCGCUGCGCGCCGGGAGUAGGCGCUGAACGGAUCCCGGCCUCUGGGCUCUAGGCCAGCAGCGGGCAGACAGUUACGUCACUUACGGUGUCCACAGCGACCGCACAGUCUUGUGCAUGCCCUGAUGGGGAAUUUGGGGCCGCUGUGGCCUCCUCCCCUCUCUCCACCCGCGGGUUCUUGCGCCUCAGUCCGUCCUGCUGGCCUUGGAGCGCUGACUUGAUUCCUAGGGUGGGUCUUGCAGGGCUGUACAGUCUUCUUCUCUGGGCCUAUUGUUCUGUUAAGCAGCACAUCCCUUUCGAGCCUCAUCUGCUGACCUGAUCUACCCUCACCUUCUUGCCAGUACCUAGGAAGGAGACCAGCCUAGCCGCUGGGGCAGGAACCGGCCCAUCAACAUGAACCAUUAUGCCAACAAGAAGAGCGCUGCCGAGAGCAUGCUGGACAUCGCACUGCUGAUGGCCAACGCCUCCCAGCUGAAGGCUGUCAUUGAGCAGGGCACUGGCUUCGCCUUCUUCAUCCCCCUGGUGGUCCUCAUCUCCAUCUCCCUCGCGCUGCAGAUUGGCGUGGGCGUGCUGCUCAUCUUCCUCGGUAUGACCUCAACAACCCUGCCAAGCAUGCCAAGCUGGACUUCCUCAACAACCUGGCCACUGGUCUGGUCUUCAUCAUCGUCGUGGUCAACAUCUUCAUCACUGCCUUUGGCGUCCAGAAGCCCACCAUGGACAUGGCGCCCCAGCAGUAGGUGCCCCUGGAUCGUGCCUGGCCGAAGCUGCCUAGACACAGGAGGUGCCUCGCCCUUGAGGCCCAUCAUCCUGUGCACGGGAUUCCCCUAAACUGCCGGAGCCCAGGCUGGCCCGGCUGGACUGCAUCCAAAUAAGCCACACGUGCUCAGGCCACUCUGGCAACACAGGGCCUGCCCCGUCCUCAACUGCUCCUCCUCCUGGAGCAUGGAGUGGCCAGGCCCAGAAGAUGGAACGGGUGAGCCCUCAACAAGGGUCAUCGUUGGCGUGGACAUGCAGCAGGCCCAAGGAUAGGGGUCAAGGGGCUGGCCCCAUCUUGGGACAUUUCCAGAGAGACGAGGCGAUGCCUGCCCUCUGCCAGUGCAGCAGCGUCCUGGCCUUGUGCGCUGCCCACCCUGGGUGACCUGUGACCUCUGCACUUCCUGACCCAGGACUAUAGACCAUCAGUGACCCUGUGGGACCCCCACCGUGGCCACUGACCCAGACCUCACACCUUCCACCAGCAGUAACUGGGCAGGGCUUUAGCCCCUUCUUGGGGAUCUGAGCCCCCACUUUUCUAUGUAUAACACCAAUAAAGCUGAUUCUUCUCCUC